CUCAACAGGGUCAGACUCAAUCUUACUGUCCCUCACAGACAAAACUGGGGACCCAUUUGGGAAGAGAAGAGCCACCGACGAACCAAAUACCACUGUAGCAUAGACUUGUCACUUGUGAGAGAGAGAGAGAGAGAGAGAGAGAGAGAGAGGACUACCUUUUUCUUCCUUCUUAUUCACAGCUCCUCUGCUAUCAUACAAACCAAUCAAUUCCUCUCAAUUCCCACCCACUAUCUUCCACCUUCAUCCUCUCUCUCUCUUCACUUCUUCCUUUCUUUCUCUUCUACUCUUGGCCUUCUCCUGAUAACAUUAAACCUUUGUUGGCUCCAGAAAAUCAUGUGAAGUACCUUUGAAGAGACUAAUUAAAGGGUCUGAUCAGUAGUGUAGCUGAUUUCGCCUUCUCUGUUGAAUGGGCAUUACUUCUCUCCAAGUUUGCAUGGACACCUCUGAGUGGUUACAGGCCCAGGAAGAGGCAGGGAUGGAUUCAUCUUCAUCACCUUCUGGUGACAUAAUUGCAUGCUCAAGGCCUAUGCUGGAGAGGAGACUAAGGCCCCAACAAGACCAAGCUCUCAAGUGUCCUCGCUGUGACUCUACACACACCAAGUUCUGUUACUACAACAACUAUAGCCUUUCCCAACCCAGAUACUUCUGCAAGACCUGUAGAAGGUAUUGGACAAAAGGUGGCUCCCUACGCAACAUCCCUGUAGGUGGUGGCUGUAGAAAGAACAAGAAGGUGUCUGUCAAUAAGAAAUCAACUGAAAAUAAUCAACCACACAACCACCACCCUACCACCCCCUCAUCAUCAUCAUCCUCACAUGAUGCCACAGAUCUGCAACUGUCAUUUCCAGAGUUGCAGCUUUCGCAGUUCACCAACCUUUGGGGUCACCCAGCAGGGAAUCUUGGGAACCCUCUUUUCAUGGAUAGCAAAUAUAAUGCUCUACUAGAAAACCCUCCUAAGCCUGCCCUUGAUUUCAUGGAAAGCAAGUUUGAUGCCAUACUUGGGAACCCUAGAAACCAUGAUUUCAUGGGAAGCAGUGAGUUGGGUCUCUUGGGUGGCCUUGGGGAGGUGGGUCAUCAUGCGUUCACUUCUUCUAAUCUCCAUGGUCUGUGUUCUCCGUAUGAGAAUGGGAUUUGUCUAGAUGGGAAUAAUGCCAAUGCAGUAGACAGUUGCCAAAGGCUAAUGCUACCAUAUGAAGGAAGUCAUCAUCAUGAGGAUCCAAAUGCAGUAGAGAUGAAGCCAAACAAACAGCUCUUGUCAUUGGAUUGGCAGGAUCAGGGUUGUUCUGAGGUUGGAAAAGAUUCCUUUGGGUAUUUGAACAAUCUUGGUUCAUGGACUGGUAUAAUGAAUGGCUAUGGAUCUUCUGCAGCAAACCCAUUAGUUUAAACUAAUCCAUUUUCUUCUUAAUCUAUUUCCUUGAAGCAUGACUGCAAGAAAGACUGGCUGUGGAAGGAAAUGGGUCAUUCAAUCCAUGUUUCUCUCUUUUUUUUUUUUUUUGGUUGGGGGGUUGUUGAGUUCUAUCAUUUGAUCAUGAGUUGUGUCUUUCAUAAGACAUUCUAAGUUCUAGGGUUUUGUUGUAAUACGGAGGAAGAUAUAAUAUAGCUUUUGAGAAGAAUGAUGUGUGUUUUGAGGUAGGAAAAUUCUCUUUGAAUGUUGUUUCGUUUCAUGUGA